AUCAGCCCAAAUACAAAGUAGGAAGAGCUUCAUCAAUAAUUAGAGGGAGGGAUGGCAUAUCAAUGCCCGUACCCACGGCAGCCACAGCCCCAACCCUUUCCCUCCGCCCCCAUGCAGCCGCACCCCGCCGCCGUCAUCGGCCCUCAGUUCUGUGCUCCGUAUCCCGUCGAUCUUGCCGUUGUCAAGAAAGUCAUGACCAUUUCAGACGGCAACUUCGUCGUUACUGACAUAAACGGCAACGUCGUUUUCAAAGUUAAGGGCUCUCUUCUAACUCUCCGUGAUCGCCGCGUUUUGAUCGAUGCCGCUGGCAAUCCAAUCGUCACCUUACGGCGGAAGAUAAUGACCGUACACGAUCGAUGGCAAGCCUUCAGGGGCGAAAGCACAGACCCAAAAGAUCUAAUUUUUACUCUGAAGCGCUCAUCCCUGAUCCAGUUUAAGACUAAAUUAGAUGUGUUUCUAGCCCAUAACACCACCGAAAGUGUUUGUGACUUUAAGGUCAAAGGUAGUUGGUUUGAACAAUCUUGCACUGUCUAUGCUGGUGAAUCUAACACUGUUGUUGCCCAGAUGCAUAAAAAACACACUGUUCAGAGUAUUUUGAUUGGGAAAGAUCAUUUCAUGGUCACUGUGUAUCCCAACGUUGAUUACGCGUUCAUAGUGGCGCUAAUCGUGAUUCUGGAUGAGAUUAACAAGGAUGCGGAUGAACGUGAAUAGAGGAAUGCUAUACGUUCAACAAAUCCUGUUGUACUUUUUGUCAAUGGUGCUAUAUUCCCAAUAUAUAUUGUAAUAUUUUCUUAGCUGAAAAUCUUUCUACUUCAAAUAAGUAAAUAAAAGUUAAGAUGAAGUUUGAUUUACUAUAGAUAUGUAAAGUUAAGUUACUAAUAAUCUGUCUAUAUACAACUUACAAAAAAAAAUAUAUAAAAUAAAAUUAUUGUAAGAAUGGAAUUGCUUUUAAAUUCCUACUGCAUAACAAUGCAUGUCAUUCCACUUGAAUAAUAUAGCUAGUUGUG